AUGUCGGCUCCUGAGGUUAUCCUCAGUCCCGAGGUCGCGGCGGAGGAUAAGGGCCCUGCUAUCAUUGCCGUGAUAGUAGUGGUUACCAUCCUCGAAACCCUCUUCACACUUGCGAGGUUGUAUGUUCGGGGGAGAAUUAUGAGACAUCUACAGCUUGAUGACUACUUGAUCAUUCUCGCCGUUAUCUGCGGCUGGUGCGCCGUCAUUUUCGGAAUCUUGGCCGUGAGCUCGGGCAAUGGCAAGCACUUCGCCAUUCUCAACGACAAACAGAAAUCAGGCGCGAUUCUCUGGACCAUCGUCGGUUUCUGUCCGGGCAUCAUGUCCUUUGGCGUCCCGAAGCUUGCCGUCAUUCACCUCCUUACGCGAUUGAUGAACCCGAGCCGCAUCCACCGAAUUUUCCUCUGGUUCUUGGGCACCCUGUGCAUCCUUAGUCUCCUCGGAUGUGUCGUCGUUCUGUUCGCGCAGUGCACCCCAGCGAGGGCGCAAUGGGACUUUUCCCUCGAGAGGAAGUGUUGGAGCCCGUGGGUGUUGGUUAACUACGCCAUCUAUGCCGGAUCCCUGUCGGCCGCGACCGAUCUAUAUCUUGCCGUGUAUCCUGCCGUUGUCCUUUUCGGUCUUCGAAUCCCUUUCAGAAAGAAGGUGGCCCUCAGCGCCGCUCUGGGAAUCGGUUCAGUUGCAACCGUCGUCGCUAUUUACAAAACAACCCGACUCCCGAAUCUCGCCAGCCAAGACUUCUCUUACGAUACUUCUGAUCUCGUCAUCUGGACCUGUGUCGAGGGCAGCACCAUCAUCAUCGCCGCAUGCAUUCCCGUCCUCCAACCCCUCGCCGACAAGCUUACCGGCGGCCGAUUCUUCAGCUCCAAGACCCGACGAAAUUACAAGCACUACGGAUCCGAACGGAGCGGCGCGCGCGUCGGACAAUCAGACGUUGAGCUUUCCUACCAUGGCCGCAAGCGACAGGUCAAGGACCCCAAUGCCCUCACGUUCCUCGAUCAGACAAAAGUUGGAAGCGAGGAGAGCAUCCUCGGAGAUAAGGAAAACCAGGUUCAGGAAUCUUCCAAGCAGAGGAGGCAAUCUCUUCAGCCAGGCGUGAACAUCGUCCCUGGAAGGAUCACGAGGACGGAUGUGAUCGAGGUCUCGCAUAGCUCAGGAAGCCAGCAAACGCUGCACGGGAUUCCCGAGCAAGGAAGGAGACACGUAUGA